AUGUUCUACGUGGUGGCUGCGCUCGUGGCGCUCAUUCUCGCGGUGUACGCCGCCGUGUUUGCCUUUUCGCACAAGCCUCGACCGGUGCACAAACACGAGCAGUUCUUUGAAACCACCGUGGCCGACGGAUCGGUGUCGCCCAAACAGCCGCUUGUGGCUCUGGAGAAGCAGGCACACGGACGCAAAGACACCGACGCCGACGACGACGACGACUACGUGUUCAUUUCGGUGGUAGUGCCCUGCUACAACGAAACGAAGCGACUGGGAGUCAUGCUGGAAGACGCGGUGCCAGUGCUGGACGCUCUCAAGCAGCCCUACGAGGUGAUCAUCGUCGACGACGGCUCGCGCGACAAGACCCCCGAGUUUGCGCUCGAGUGGGCAUCUCAACACAUGAAACCCGGCUCUUUGAGGGUCACCCGACUGGCCAAAAACCGAGGUAAGGGAGGAGCGGUGGCCCACGGAAUGCGCUUCUCGCGAGGCAAGUACGUGCUCUUUGCCGACGCCGACGGAGCCUCGGACUUCAAGGACAUGCCGCGACUUCUAGAGGCUGUCAAGGUCAACGACGGAGUGGCUAUCGGCUCCAGAGCACACAUGGUCGGCACGGAUGCCGUGGUCAAGCGGUCCUUCAUCCGCAACUUUCUCAUGAGAGGCCUGCAUCUGCUGGUGUGGACAUUUGGAGUGCGGACCAUCAGAGACACUCAGUGCGGCUUCAAGCUCUUUUCUCGACGAGCCACCGAAAACAUCUUCCCUUACAUGCACACCGAGGGCUGGAUUUUCGACGUCGAGGUGCUCAUGCUGGCCCAGAGAAAAGGUCUGGCCAUUGCCGAGAUUCCCAUUUCGUGGCACGAGGUGGAGGGCUCGAAAAUCGAUCUCGCUGCUGACAGUAUCAAGAUGGCCAUCGAUUUGGUGGUCACUCGAGUGGCCUAUAUCAUUGGUGUUUAUGGAGAUCGAGAAGUGAAUUUCAAGGUGGAGUGA